UGUAUUUUCAGCUCUUGCGGCUGUCCCUUCAUAUUUUUCUUUUAUCUAAAAUCUGGUAACACUCAAACGCUAGACAGCAGACAUAUUUGAUUAUCGUUUCAUGGAUAGGGAGCCGGUUCAUUUUAAAUAAAGAAAAUUUAAUCAAAGUUUAUUCUCUUUUUGCACAUAAAUUUCCAUCCGACGUCUGUUGUAGCUUUCUAAGUAGUUUUAGAUAGAGUUUUGGAUAAUGUCUGAUUCAGAUUCAGAUUCAGAAGCUGGAGCAAGCCAUAUUUCUGAUGAAGAAAUUUUCAGAAGGAAAAUAUUGAUGGAUGGUGAAGGAACGGGUGCUAGUCAGGGCAUUGAUAACUUACUUUGUUCUUUCAUACAGUGGUGCGAUUCUGAAGGCCAAACAGAUGAAGAAAUUUCUGAAGGAUAUCAGAAUUUGUUGGCUCAGUUGGAUAAUUUGGAAUUUUCGUGUCAAAAGUCAGAUGCAGCUCGGAGAGCCAAUAUGCGUCAGCUUCAAGAAUAUGAUCAAAUGUGUGCUGAUUUGGAAAGUAAAAUUGUUGAUAUGGAAAAAACUGUUGCUGAAAAACGUUUAGAACUGGAAAAGGCCAAAAAGGAAAGAUUAAAUAAGAUGAAGUAUGAUGCGUUAGGGAAAAUUGUUUCUUCUCUGCCAAGCCGUCAAGAGAGCAUGGAAAAGCUGGCAAAAAUUGAAGAGGAAAUUAAAAUUUUAAUGGCAGAAAAUGAAGCCCUUCAGGAGAAAUCAGAUGUGCGGGAGAAACAAGUACGUUUACUUGUGACUUCUGCUCGUGAAUUGAAACACAAAUUACGAGAAGAACUAGAAGAUUGGGAAGGUUCUGACAGUGAUUGAUUUUCGUUUGCAGCUGCAUAAACCAUGAACAAGAGUUCAUUUUUAUGACCAUUUUACAUGUGAAUUUUUCAUUUUUAUGGCCAUUUUUUCAUUCGAUCACCAUUAGGGAUUGCAAUACCGGUAUACCGAAUACCGGUAUUUCGAGCCAUUUGUACAAUUUUGUAAUACCGGUAUUCACAAGUUUAAAUACCGUUUUUUCGGUAUUUACUAGAAAUUUUAAAAAUUGUCUCCAUUAUAUGUUCAGGGAUUGUCAAUACAGCAAAAUAGUAUACGUUUUUGUUUUUAUGUCUCCGUAACGGGCGAAAUUAAUUAGCUAAUUAAUGGCUUAAUUAAUUGCUUACAUCUAAAUUAGUGAAACAUGGAUUUUCUCUGAAAGAAGAUAUUGUAUCCAUAACGACUGAUGGAGCAAUAGUUAUGAAAAAAGUUGGAAAGUUGAUUAGUGCAAAUCAGCAAUUGUGCUAUGCUCACGGAAUUCAAUUAGGAGUAAUAGGUGUGUGUGUAUAUAUAUAUAUACAAAAGUAUUAGAAUCAAGUUAAUAGGAAAAACAAAAAAUCAAAUAAAAAUUAAACCAAAAAAAUUAUAAAAAAUAUAUAAAAAAAAAACAUAAAAACUAUGUAACUACCAUUCCAAUCUAAACUGUAAAAUUUUCAAAAAUCUAAUUUUCUCACAAGUUAACAGGAUCAAAAGGGUUUGCAAUAAUAAAAAUUCUUAUAUUGAAGCAUCAAACAACCUCCUUAAAAAUUUAAUUAAAAAUGAAUUUCCUAGAAAUUACUGUAAUGUCAAUUUUUUAAUUAAACAAGGUAUGGUUUGGGAUUAAUCCUUUGGCUUAAAUAAAAAUAGAACUUUCCUUGCAUAUUGGAUCACUCAAUAGAUGGCGCUGGGAACCUACAUCUGUUUAUAUAAUUUACCGCUAGUUUUUUAAAAACAGGGAAUCACAAUCGAUAGUUUAAAGUUUCCUUGACUGUUGAUGGUAUGUACUGGCCUUUUCGUUUUUAAUUUUUAAUUUUAGUGCUAUUUUUUGUUUUUAUUGUUAUUUUUGUUAUUGUAUUUUUACUUUGUUGUGGUUAAUUUCUUCUAAUUUGUUGUUUUAUAUUUCCUUUCUGUUAAAAUGGUAUAUCUCUUGAGCAUAAUUUCAGGGGAUUUUCGGGUCACGAGGAAUCAUUAUUAGACAAUGUCUGUAUUUCCUCACAGAAAAAAAUCCCUUUCUUUGAAUCCCUGCCUGAGAGUGACCCUUGAAAAAGUCUUCAGGCCGGAUUCUUUUUUUUAAUAUUUUUUAUAAUUUUUUUGGUUUAAUUUUUAUUUGAUUUUUUUUUGUUUUUCCUAUUAACUUGAUUCUAAUACUUUUGUAUCAAUUCAUCUGUGUUUUAGAAGUAGCUGCAAUUGCGCUCUCUAAAUACUAUGAAGUUCUUUUUUGGUAUUAGUUUAAAAUAGGUUUUAAAUUUUAGUUGCGAUUUCGAAACUGUUUUUGUUUCGUUUUCAUUUUAGUUUCGUUUUCAAACUUUUUCUUACUUAAGAUUGGUUACUUUAUAUAAGAACAGAAGAAUCCAAAUACUGUGGAUAUAGAAAUUUCGGAUUCCAACUUUGAAGAGAGUGAGAAUGAUAUUGACAAUGAAGAUAAUGAUAAUGUAAUUAUUGAAGAUGAAAUAUUUACCCAUCAAGAAUUGCUUCCUAUAAUUUAUAAAGUUCGAAAAAUUGUUAAGAUAUUUAAACGUUCCCCUAUAAAAAAUGACAUAAUACGAAAAUAUAUACUAACUGAAAAUAAAACAGAAUAUAUGUUAACGUUAGAUUCUAAAACAUGUUGGAACAGUUUAUUCCUAAUAAUGGAACGAUUUUUGAAACGGAGAAAUCCAACCCGAAAAGCAAGAAUCGACUUAAACUUGUAAAUUAAUUUUUCAGAUAGUGAAAUCUACUUAAUAUCAAGAACUGUAUCAGCUCUACUUCCAAUAAAACUGAAUAAUGAGGCAUUAUGUUGGAGAGAUUCUAAUUUAUUAACAACUAAUGCAACAAUAAAUUUCAUGUUGCAGUCACUGAAAGAACAGCACACAUCACUAUUUGAAGAAUUAUAUAUUACAUUGAAAAAUCGCACAGAAGAAAGGCAUACCGAAAUAGAAAAUGUCUUAUGGUAUUUACAUAAUUAUAACGAUUUUAAAAAUGAAAAUAAAGAAGAAAAGAGACUAACCAAUUCAAAUCUGAUUUAGAAUUUGAGAUGAAUAAAAAAAUUUCAUCGAACCAAAAUACAAUACAGAAAUCAGCUAUAUCCAAAACCAUCCAACGAGCAAUCGAUUUAUUUGAAGAUGAUUGAUUUAGAAGUAAAUACUUGGAAAAAGUAUAUCGCGCAUUGUUAACAGUACCACCAACUAGCAUAGAUGUCGAAAGAGCGUUUUCGACAGCUGGUAAUUUUUACAUAAAAUUACUUUUCAGGCUUAAUGACAGUACAAUUGAUGCAUUAUGUUUUUUAAGAUCACAAUACAAAAAUUUGUUAAACAGACUGAAUAGUGAUAUUUACACUUUUUUUGUGAUUUAAAUAAAUAAGAUGUUCCUUUACUUUUUUGUGAUUCUUUAUAUACGUUAUAAUGUGAUUCUUUAUAUACGUUAUAAUGUGAUUCUUUAUAUACGUUAUAAUUUAUAAGUUACAAAUUAUUUUUGUGAUAUUUGCACUCUCUAAUAAAACUGGCAAAUAAAAGAAAGAAACAUCUGUGUUUUCUUUCUUUUUGUAAAAUUUCUAAUACCGAUAUUAAAACCGGUAUCCCGGUAUUAAGAACUAAAAAAUACCGAAUACCGGUAUUGAAAUUUUGGUCCGACAUUGCAAUCCCUAAUCACCAUGCAACAUAUUUUUAUUAAUUUAUGUUACUCAUUUUAUAUUUAUUUGUAUUUCAAAAGUGUUUUAG